UAAAAGGAAAGUUAUUUGUGGGAAGCUUUUACCCCGAACAAUGGCACCUAAAAAAAAUGCUGUUCCCAAAUUGCUACUAAUUCCAGGCCAAAAGUCUUCCUUACGGAAACCUCUUCAAACCUUGAAUGGACAAAACCUGAGAGUGCUUGAAAAGAAGAAAUCUUUGAAGAUUACUACGAAGGUUCCACAUACUACAAAGGAUAACGAAAAUGUUGUUCCAAUCAACCACUGCAGCACAAAUUCAAAUCUUGAAUGUGGUACAAAUCUGAUGUUUAGUCAACCAGAAACAGAAUGCCUACGUGAAGACCGAAGAGAUGGUAGCUGCAUGGUUAUGGAUGAUAGUGUUGAUAGUGUUACUAUUGUUCCAAUUAGUCACUCCAGCACGCUGUCAAAUCAUGGAUGUAGUACAAAUCCCAACGUACCAAAAUGAAAGCAGCAUCACGGUUUCUGAGAGCACCAGUGUCAGUACAACAACGGUUUCGAACAUCCCCAGCUGUCCUCUUUAUUUUAGUCCAUUUGCAGUGAGUCCAAAACAGAAAGAGGAAAUACGGAAAAGUUGGGACAUUCUUUUCGGUUAUAUGCCAGGUUUAAGAAAUACUUUGGAACAAGUCGGUUCUUUCUCUCGUCGUCAGGCAGCUAUCGUUAGCAGUGAAGAUAAUGCUAGUUCACAAUCUUCUUCCUUUUGUGAAAAAACACAACUACCUGCGAAGAAAAAAACUGCAAAGAAGAAAAAAAAAAUUGAAUCAUCCAGAAUAUCGUGUUGCAGUUGCAAUGCCCCAGUUUCUGCUACCAGCAUGAGAAUGCGCAAUACCAAUCGGGUGUGUUGUGGGAGUUGUUACCCGUUAUUGAAAAAAUUGGAGGAAUCAGAGAGACGUAUUGAGUUACUCAAAUUAAAAUACAAAAAGCUGAGAAAUAAACAGAAGAGUACCAAGAAGAAAUUAGAUGGCAGUUACCAGAAGAAUGAGGAGCUGAGGUCAAAAUUAGAAAAAUGUGAAGAUAAAAAUUGUGGAACUCACAAAAUUGCAAAUCGAUG